GGCAGCGGAAUCAGCAUCAGCGGUAACCUUGCUAUAACGGAGGGCAGCAGCGUGAACACGCGGAGGAGAGAGGGAAAAAGAAAGAGCGAGAGCGAGAGAGAAGAGGAGGUGGUUGUAGUCACCCGCCCGACCGACCGACCGACCGACCGACCGACCGAGUUGUUUCAUUCAUAAAAAAGUUCUUUAUUACUCUCUGUGAGCGCAUGUGCUAUUCCACCACGGAGGAGGACCGAGUACUACUACUCCCCCGACCGGCUGUAGCGGCGUAACCACGUUUACACACGGCAUUAUUUACUACUGCGCGAGAUACGAAUCGGCACCACACGCCGCACCGACAGCGUGGCGUACGGAUCAUUCUCUCUUUCUCUGUAUAUGCCAAUUAUCAUAGCGUCUCUUUUAGAAAGAGAAUUAGUUUGUCUUCCUGUACGAUUCCGAAAUUGAUCGAGAGAUCGUCGCAAAACAGAAGGAGAGAAGAAAAGAGAGGAAAGGAGAAAGAGCAACGGGAGAUUCAUUCGGCGGUGAUCAUUGUUGUCGUCAUCCUCGCCGCGAAAAACUUUCGCCAACCUGGAUUCAUCCGAAAUAAACUCCGCCGUGGACCUCACCCAAGAUUUGGGGCGAGGCACGGAUCAUACUCAAAAUCGCCGAUUGAUGCGAGAUCGUCGGCAACAAUAUUCGGACAAGGACUCGCGGCAUAAAAACAUUGACUUUCCAACUUCAUCCCAAGAUCUGCUAGGAUACGAAGAUCGGCAAGAAAGUAGUCCGAAUAACAUCACACACGGUAAUAAAUUAAAUUCAGCCAUGCCGCGAAACGAAACACCGCAACGGACAGCGGGAAAGCGUCCUUUAAGAGCGCUUACGCCGCAAGAAAAAUUGGACGCCAUUAGGAGAGUCCACGAAGGUGAGUCGAAAGCGUCGGUAGCGCGCGAUAUCGGAGUCCCGGAAUCCACUUUACGAGGGUGGUGUAAAGCGGAACACAAAAUCGUAAAUCAGGUUAAUACGAUGAAGAAUUCUGGAAGUUUUGAAAGACUUUCAUCACCCUCGGAAAGUGACAGAAGCACACCGGGAUCAUCAUCGCGUCCUCCAUCUGCCAACUUGACUUCUGGACCAUCGACAUCAAGUGGCAAGGAACCAUCCGGUACCUUGGAGGAAGUCGAAUCCGGACCGCCUCCGAAGCGUAUGAAGGUGGAAAACGAUGUACCGUCUACGAGCGAACCAUCGAUAACUUCUUAUUAUGGUCAUAAUUUGAUAACAUCUUAUUUGUACACUCUGAUGAACGCGCAACCCGCACUAAAAAGUGUUUUGUUGGAACAACAAUUAAUGAAUAACAAAGCUUUGCUAUCUAAUGCUCUGAUGGACAGUGGAUUUUCCUCAUCUGGAUAUUCCACUAGCAAUGCAUCGCUCGGCAGCGUAUCAAUGAUGGGUAACACGAUGGCUAGUACGAUGAGCACACUAAGAGACAUCAAUGGAAAGAAGACGAGGCAUCGCGUAAACAUGUCCACAUCGAUAGGAAACACCUUUGCCAGGACCUCUUCCAAAAAACAGAGCGUAUCACCGACUGAAAGAGAAAAUAAUUUAAUAUCUAUACCAUCAACAUCAUCAGGGAUAGUCAACGGUAAUCACGUGGUCGGACCAACUAUGUCCAAGCCGUUGCAAGAUGGCAAACAUAUUAACGACAUUGCUCAACAAUUGUUACUUCAACAACAAUUAAAACAACAACAAUCUUUUGGUUCGGACUUGCUUACUUGGGUCAAUCGUUUUGAACCGACCAUGCGGAAUAUUCUAGAUGAGCGACCCGUGCCGAGCAAUUCAGUCAACAACAAUAAUAAUAAUAUCCAUAAAAAUAAUAACCAGGUUGAAAAUCGCAAAGCGAACUCCAUUCUUCCACCAGGGAUCCACGAAGCGGCCGAUCAUGGCGCCAAGUUUGUGACAUGGUUGAGAAAGCAUGGAUCCAUUUUUACAUUUCAGCAGGUAAAACCGGUAGAAACCAUUGUUGAGCAAAUUGUCGCGUGGGCGAAACCAAGAGAAAUCAAAUCGGACGACAAAUCAAAUUCUAUGAGCUAGCUAAAGCAACGUAGAAAAAGAUUUGUGAAAUAAAAUAACCGAAAAUAAGAUCUAAUAAUUAAAUAAAUUUUCUGUACU